GCAGAGAGACGCUGUGUAUUCUACGUCGACAGGCAAAGAAUUUUCCUUGUAAUUAUGGCAAGAACAAAACAGACCGCUCGUAAAUCCACCGGAGGCAAAGCGCCCAGGAAGCAGCUCGCUACUAAAGCUGCCCGUAAGAGCGCCCCAGCCACCGGCGGUGUGAAGAAGCCUCAUCGUUACAGGCCCGGUACCGUAGCGCUGAGAGAAAUCCGCCGCUAUCAGAAAUCCACUGAGCUGUUGAUCCGUAAGCUGCCUUUCCAGCGUCUGGUGAGAGAAAUCGCCCAGGACUUCAAGACUGAUCUGCGCUUCCAGAGCUCGGCCGUCAUGGCUCUGCAGGAGUCCAGCGAAGCUUAUUUGGUCGGCCUGUUUGAGGACACCAACCUGUGUGCCAUCCACGCCAAGAGGGUCACAAUCAUGCCCAAAGACAUCCAGCUGGCUCGCCGUAUUCGGGGAGAGCGCGCUUAAACCUGAUAGCGUCCCCCACAAUAAAGGCUCUUUUAAGAGCCACCACAAUUCCACUGAACGAGACAUUUCCCAUUGUUGUUUACUUAAUUACAAAGGUUUUUUGUGUGUUUAAGGAUGUGUUCUUUAUAAAUUUGUUAAUAUAUGCUAUUUUCUCUAUCAAAGUGUGUUAGGGAAGGCAUGGUGACGAUUUCAAGUAAUAACUUUUCAACGUAACACAGAUUUUUAUUUGUGAAGGUAGCAUAUGUGCAUAUUUUUUAACGUCAUCAAUUUACUUUUCUUCAGAUUUUCAAUGAGGAAAUGUUGUCUAAAGUUUUGCAUAUCAUGACCGGUACAUAAUGGCAGAAGCAUCGGAAACGGAAGACUAUAAGAUUAUAAACUAAGCACUAAAAUUGUUUAAAAAUUAAAAUUAUGUGCCUCAAAAAUAAAUGUAUAUUUUUAUGUA